AUGUCGAGUCUCUUUUCAUCCAUCCCGGCUCCGCAGGCGCUGCUUGCACCUCUCGCUCGCCCAACAGCUGCUAUCGCUCGUUCUUCCAUCCUCUCGCUCUUCUUCAAGCUCACUGUCGGCCAACUCGAGCUCCGUACCCAAGACGGCCAAGUUCACCGCUUCGGCGACCCCACACUCGUCAAGAGCAAGCAGCACAACCAUGAGCCCUCUGUUGCUUCGAACAAGUCCAAAUCUGUUGCUGCUGCCAGCGCUGAACUCGCCAACAACUCCGCCAAAGCUCCUCAUGCUAUCAUCAUUGUCAGGAACGAAUCCUUCUGGACUCGCAUGUUUUUCGGUGCCGAUUUGGGUUUCGCCGAAGCCUACAUGAUUGGCGAUGUUGACACACCCGAUCUUGCUGCCUGUUUUGACCUGUUCAUCCUCAACCGCGCUAGUUUGAGCAACUUGGAAAGCAUCAGUUUUGCCAGCUCUCUCAUCUCUUCCGCCCAGACCAUCCUCAACAAGCGCUACGCCAACACCAAGGUCGGCAGUUUGCGCAACAUUGGCGCUCACUACGAUAUCAGCAACACCAUGUACAAGGCCUUCUUGAGCAAGGACAUGACCUACUCGUGUGCCGUGUUCGAUACUCUCGAUGCCGACGUUUCUGGUCCCUUGCUUAACCAGCUCAACCAGAAGACUCGGGCGGCGUUGGGCACUGCGGCGAACGUCCAUGUGAACGCUGGGGCUGCCAAUGGCGUCUUUAAGCCUCUCGGGCUCACUGCUGAUCCAUCUGCUACUGCCUCGGCGAAGAGCAACUCGACCACAGUGGACAGGUCAGGCGAUCUCCCCACACCUCCCUCGGAGACAGAAGGUGGAGCCACUGAAUACGAUGAGCUCGAAGAAGCGCAAAAGAACAAGUUACGGCUCAUUAUCAAGCUUGCCAACAUCCGCCCUGGCGACCGUGUUCUCGAAAUCGGUACCGGUUGGGGUUCGUUUGCCAUGGAAGCAGUCCGUACGACCGGUUGCAAAGUCGACAGUGUCACUCUAUCCGUCGAGCAGAAGGCACUUGCCGAGCAACGCAUUGCCGCAGCAAAAAUGGAAUUCAAGAUCAAAGUUCACCUUAUGGACUAUCGCGACUUCCCCGCUAGCUGGACCGACAGCUUCGACCGCGUUUGCUCGAUCGAAAUGCUCGAAGCUGUCGGAAUCGAGUUCCUGCCCACCUACUUCAGCUGCGUCGACCGCGUGUUGAAGCGCAACGGCGGUGUCGCAGUCUUCCAGUGCAUCACUAUGCCUGAAAAUCGUGCAGAGGCUUACUACAAGGGCGUCGAUUUCAUCAAGAAGUGGAUCUUCCCUGGUGGUGUUCUUCCUUCCGUCACCUCGCUCGUCAACGGUGCCACCGACGGCUCCAACGGAAACCUCAUCCUCGAUACCCUCGUCAGCAUCGGUCCUCACUACGCGAGGACUUUGCGAGAAUGGAAGAAUCGUUUCGAAGCCAAUUUUGACAAAGUCAUUAGGCCAGCUCUCCUUCGAGACCACAACGAGAUCAGCAGAUUGCCCGAAGCACAGAAGCAGAAGGAGGUCGAGGUCUUCCGCAGGAAAUGGAUCUACUAUUUUGUUUACUGCGAGGUCGGUUUCACGCAUCGUGUGAUCAACGAUCACAUCCUUGCCUUCACCAGGGAAAACAAUACCACACUUCCCGUUUGCUCUGGUUAA